GGGUGAAAAGGAAUCUACAUAUUCUAAUAUAAUUAAUGAACAACCGUGGCUUAAUUCACGUAACGAUUUUCAAACUUGGAAAAUAAUCAAAUAUGAUGACAUUUGUCCAAUAUUUGAAUUAAUGGGUGGUAAACUGCGAGAACAAGUUUUAAUUGCUUUAGAUCAGAGAAUUUUAGCAGUAUGCAAUCUUAAUGAAGAAGAUCCAUCUCGUUUUGAACUAAAUGAAGUAUUCAGAAAAUUGAAAAGCUCGAAAAUAAUUACUUCAAUAAUGAACCAAAAACAUAGAAACAUAUUUUUUAUACGUGUAGAAUACUUAGAUAAAGAUACACCAGAAAUUUUUGUUCAUAAAACUCGCCUUGUAACUGAAAGUCUAGGUUAUGAACGUAAGGAGCUUUCAAAUAAUAAAUCAACCACGCAAGCUAUUCAACAUAAUCUAUAUAAUCCAUACAAAUCAAGGUUAAUUUUUGGUACGCAUUUUGAUACAUGUGAAAACUCUGCAUGUAUAUCUACUCCUAAUGAUAAUGCCAAAAAUAAUGUAAAUGAUCUCAUGCCUAGAUUGAAAUUAUUUUCUAGCAAAGGUAACUCUGGUCAGAUUAGUAUUAAAUGGGAAGAUUUGGAUAAUACCUCUGUAUCUCUUGUUAACUCGUUUGGUAAAAAUUGUUCAAACGUUCAAUUGUAUCAUGGAUUUCUCAAUGUAGAUGUAGGUUCUAAGAAAGUUACUGAGAAUUCUGUGACCCCUAUAUGGGUUUCUCAAUGUAGAUAA